AUGGCGACGAUCGCGGACGAGCUGCUGAACGACUUUGAGGAUUCCGGCGAUGAGAACGAGCAGGAACAGGUUGACGAUCAGUACUUCGGAGAGUCAGGUGACGCAACAUCUGUUCCAAAUGGCAGUGCUGCACCCGGCCUCAUGUCCCAAGAGGGCAUGGAGCUUGAUGGCGACGAGGAGGCACCGGACGAUGAAGGCGAGGACGCCGCAAACGUACCAAGUCACCUAAACAAGGAAGAGGAAGAGACCGAAGAAGAGACCAAGGCGCGUGUAGAGAAGAUGGAGCUGCAGAAUGUCAGUGAUGUGCGCAGUGUGGCAGGUCUCAUGAAGCAGCUGGAUCCUCUCCUCGAGAAAAUCGAAUACUACAAGACCCGUCCACCAGGCGAAGAGACGAAGAAUGUCGGCAACAUUGAAGACAAUCCAGAGUACAAGCUUCUAACACGGUCGAAUACGCUCUCCACAGGUAUCGAUGGCGAAAUCAUUCUGGUGCACAAGUUCAUUCGCGAUCACUACUCGGUGCGCUUUCCGGAGCUGGAGACGCUUGUACAGAAUCCUUUGGACUAUGCAAGGUCAGUUGCCAUCAUUGGCAAUGGUCCUAUGGAGGACAUCAAGAAGAUCAGCGAGACCAGCGACAACAUUGUCGGGAAGCCACUCAAGCAGGUUCUGGACGGCCCUACGCUCAUGGUCGUCACAGUAGAGGCAACCCAAACCAGUGGCGUGCCCCUCUCCGACACUGAGCUCGCAACUGUGCGCCGCGCUUGCCAGAUGACCUUGAAGCUUGACAAUGCGAAGCGGGUGCUCACGGACUAUGUGCAAUCGCGCAUGUCCCUCUUCGCCCCCAAUCUGACUGCCCUCAUAGGAUCCGCUACAGCUGCACAGCUGAUCAACUACACUGGAGGUCUCUCUGGACUGGCCAAGACGCCUGCUUGCAAUCUUGCUCCCUUGGGCAACAAGAAGAGUGCUCGAGGAGUGGGAUUGGCUACGAACGUCGGCGUGCGAAACCAAGGCGUGCUGUACCAGAACGAUAUCAUCCGCAGCGUACCUCAAGAUCUGAAGGUGCAAGCAAUGCGCAUACUCUCCGCCAAGGUCGUUCUCGCUGCGCGUGUCGACUCAACGCAUGAUUCGCCAUCUGGAGAGCAAGGAUUGGUGUUUGCGGAACAGGUCGAGAAGCGGAUCAACAGGCUCUCCGAAGCACCACCAAACAGCGGCACGAAAGCUCUGCCUGCACCCGAUGACAAGCCGUCCCGGAAGCGUGGAGGUCGACGUGUGAGGAAAAUGAAGGAGGCCACGGCCAUGACUGAUUUGAGGAAGGCUCAGAACCGCAUGGUCUUUGGCAAGGAGGAGGCCGAGAUCGGUUAUGGCGAUGGCACGAAGGGCCUCGGAAUGAUAGGAGCGCAAGACGACGGACGCGUGAGGGCCACGCAAAUCGAUCAGCGCACGAAAGCCAAGCUAUCGAAGAAGAACGCUGGAUGGGGUGGGGCUACACCAUCAAGUGGUACCGCCACAUCGCUCCGCAGCUUCGGCGGUGGCCUAAGCACGCCUGGCGCAUUGAAGGCUCACGGUCUUCGGGCUACCGGUGUUGGCUCUUCGGGACUAAAGACUAACGUUGGCAACACUGGCGGUACUGUGUCGACUGUCGCAUUCACACCUGUGCAAGGUCUCGAACUCGUUGACCCUAAGGUUCGCGACGAGAUGAACAGGAAGAGGAAAGCUGAAGAAGACCGCUGGUUCAAGGGUGGCACUUUCACGCAGAUCGGGGGUGCUGGAUCCUCUGCAGCGCCGAGUGGCCCUGGCAAGGUCGAUAGUCAGGGUUUCAAGGUUCCAGCGUUACCGGUGAAGAAGCAAAAGCAAGAGGGAUGA